AUGCAGUUCAAGAAUGCAAUUUACGUUACAGGAGCAGAUAGUCGAAUUGGUUCUUUUAUAAUAGAUAGUCUUGUAGAAAUGCAAAAUCUUCACCUACAUUUACAAAAAAUACCAGUAUAUGCUGGGGUAAGUCAUCAAACAAUUCAAUCUUCUACUAUAUUAGAAAAGGAAGGUACUAUUGCAGUAGAGAUUGAUCCAAUAAAUAAACCAGAAACCAUAAUACAUGCUUUAAAUAAUGUGUCCAAGUUAUUAUUGUUGGUUGAUCCACUUGGUGGUGAAAUCACUCAUAAUGAUGCAUUUACAUUUGCAAAAGGCUAUAUAAAUGCUGCAAAAGAAGCAAAUGUUGAACAUAUUGAAACUUUUCAACCAUCACAAAUCACAAUAUUAAGAUAUCCUGGUGUAUUGCAUCAACAUUUAUUAUACUUUGCCAAAUAUAUUAUUGAACAAUCAACAAUCCCACUGAUAGACAAUCCACAAAUGACUUUUGAAUGUUGUGAUAUCAAUGAUGUUGCUAGAUCAUGCUGUCACAUACUUUACUGUCCUCCACAAAGGCAUGGAGGGAAGGAAUACAAAAUAACUGGCCCAAACUUACUUACUAUUGAUGAAAUUGGAUCAAAAGCAUCAUUAGGUCUUGGUUGUGAUAUUAAGAUAAAAUUGAUGCCUGUCAAUCAAUUAAAGCAAGUAUUGAUGGACUUGACUGCUGACAAUAAACUAACUGCUUAUUUGUUGGAAUUAUGGGGUUUGCAAGGUUAUUUGGGGAUUUCUCAUAAAUUACAAGUAACAAGAGAUCUUGAACUUAUAACAGGUGGUGGUG